AUGGCGGCGGCGGCGGCGGCAGGACCGGUGUUCUGGAGGCGGCUGCUGGGCCUUCUGCCUGGCCGCCCCGGGCUGGCUGCGCUCCUGGGGCGCCUGUCCGACCGCCUCGGCAGGAACCCGGACCGCCGGCGCAGGAGGUCGCCAUGGCUGCUGUUGGCCCCUCUCCUGUCCCCCGCAGUCCCCGCGGCCCCCUCGCCUCCGUGCUGCCUAUGUGCAGAGGGCGUGCAUCGCUUCCAGUGGAUCAGGAACCUGGUUCCAGAGUUUGGCGUCUCCAGCUCUCACGUCAGGGUGCUUUCUUCCCCAGCGGAGUUUUUUGAGCUCAUGAAAGGGCAGAUAAAAGUAGCCAAGAGGCGGGUCGUGAUGGCAUCCCUCUACCUGGGGAUAGGUCCUCUGGAACAGGAACUGGUGGAUUGCCUAGAAAGCACUCUAGAAAAGUCACUCCAGGCGAAGCUUCCUUCUGACCUCAGGGUGUCCAUCCUCUUAGACUUCACGAGGGGCUCGAGAGGAAGGAAGAACUCGCGCACGAUGCUGCUCCCGCUCCUGCAGAGGUUUCCGGAACAGGUCCGUGUCUCGCUUUUCCACACGCCUAACCUGCGUGGGCUCCUGCGGUUCCUCAUCCCUGAGCGCUUCAAUGAGACCAUUGGCCUGCAGCACAUCAAGGUGUACCUCUUCGACAACAACGUCAUCCUCAGCGGUGCAAACCUGAGUGACUCCUACUUCACCAACCGGCAGGACCGCUACGUGUUCUUGCAGGACUGUCCCGAGAUCGCCGACUUCUUCACGGAGCUGGUGGACGCGGUAGGGGACGUGUCCCUGCAGCUGCAGGGGGAUGACACGGUGCAGGUGGUCGAGGGGAUGGUGCAUCCUUAUAAAGGUGACCGGGCUGCGUACUGCAAGGCGGCCAAUAAGAGGGUCAUGGACGUGAUCAACUCCGCCAGGACGCGCCAGCAGAUGCUGCACGCCCAGACCUUCCACAGCGACUCCCUGCUGACCCAGGAGGACGCCGCCGCCGCUGGAGACCGGAGGCCGGCCCCCGACACCUGGAUCUACCCCCUGAUCCAGAUGAAGCCCUUUGAGAUUCAGAUCGAUGAGAUUGUCACCGAGACCCUGCUGACAGAGGCUGAGCGAGGUGCUAAGGUCUACCUCACCACUGGCUACUUCAACCUGACCCAGGCCUACAUGGACCUGGUCUUGGGCACGCGGGCCGAGUACCAGAUCCUGCUGGCCUCGCCGGAGGUGAAUGGCUUCUUCGGGGCCAAGGGGGUGGCGGGUGCCAUCCCGGCCGCCUACGUGCACAUCGAGCGGCAGUUCUACAGUGAGGUGUGCAGCCUGGGGCAGCAGGAGCGGGUGCGGCUGCAGGAGUACUGGCGCAGGGGCUGGACGUUCCAUGCCAAAGGCCUCUGGCUGUACCUGGCAGGGAGCAGCCUGCCCUGUCUCACGUUGAUUGGCUCUCCUAAUUUCGGGUACCGGUCGGUUCACCGGGACCUGGAGGCCCAGAUUGCCCUCGUAACGGAGAGCCGGGCCCUGCAGCAGCAGUUCCACCAGGAGCAGGAGCAGCUCUACCGCAGGGCAGGUGUGGUGUCCUCUGCCACCUUUGAGCAGCCAAGCCGGCAGGUGAAGCUGUGGGUGAAGAUGGUGACUCCGCUGAUCAAGAACUUCUUCUGA